GUGGCUCUCAAUUCCCCUUUGCCAGUUUGUCUGAGACUUGGUGUACUCCUCUUUGUUGCCCGCUUCGCCGCCAUCAAAUCUGAUAUGCAAAACCUGUCACCCAUUUCGACCACCUUCGAAGGUAGCCAGUCAAACGUGGCCCAAAGCCCUCGCCAUAAGAGCCUGCUACCAGUUGUCCGACCCCGCCCGCCUACCUAGGCGUGACCCGAGAACUAUUACAGGAGUCUCCUUGGUCUUGAAUGUACCUUGACUCUGACCACUCCCUUGAGCCUUGGUGUUUUUAGGGAGACGCCUCCCAGCAGCGUUGUUGAGCGUACACCGAUUCAGGACAGCACAAUGACCAUCUUACGAGAGAAUGCCCCAGCGGCACUGCUCGGCUUAUUGUGUGUCUCUUUCGCCGUCAUACCGGCAAUCAUCACCGUCAACCUCAUUUACCGCUGGACGUCGGAUGCGGCACUUCCGGCAUCUCUUCCGUGGGCAGGCGUCCCUGCCAAUGGUGGUAGACUCGGCCGUCUCAGGGCAAACUUGACCAGCCUGUUCCAUAUGAAGACCCUACUGGAUGAGGGGUACAACGAGUACUCCAAGCAUGGUCAAGUAUAUGUACUCCCCCACCUCCUUACAGGGCCCGAAGUCGUCCUUCCGUUGUCUCAGGUUCGAUGGCUUGUAGAACAGCCGGAUAGCCUCCUGAACCAGACUGAGGUCAACCGCCAGUUCCUCGAGGCUGACCACACCUUCCUCCAUCCAAACAUUGUUCGGGAGCCCGUUCAUCCUGAAGUCAUCAAGCGAGAACUUACGCACAAGCUGAGUAGCUUCUCGGGUGACAUCGUGGAUGAACUGCAGUCGUGUCUGGAGGAGAACUGGGGCACCGACACGGAGAACUGGAGGGAAGUCGAGGUAUACGAUACCAUGCUCGAUGUCAUCUCACGACUCUCCACAAGAGUCUUCGUCGGAUUACCGCUUUCCCGCAACAAGGAGUUUCUCCACAGCGCACGCAUGUUUGACAAGAAUGUUGUAUUGUCAGCCGCAGCAUUGAACAUCAUCCCUGGGUUUCUCAAGACAUUGCUGGCUCCAAUACUUACCGCGUAUGAUCACGCCCAAUACCUCACACUGGCCAAAUUCGUACUGCCUAGCAUCAGCCAGCGCCUAGAACAACUCGAACAGCUCGGCAAGGAGCAGUUGCCGAGGUUUGAUGGAGAGGAACAUAAUGACUAUAUCCAAUGGGCAAUUGGCCAUGCUCUUGCGCAUUGGGAUCCUCUAGAACUUACAGCCACUGUUAUCGCUCGCCGUCUCGCAUGUCUUUGCUUUGCGGCAAUCCAGUCCUCCGUCAUAAGCAUCACAAACACCCUUUUCGACAUCGCCUCUUCCCCAAACUGUGCGGAGUAUCUCAACACCAUGCGAGAUGAAGUCCUUGCAGAGUCGGGUUUAAACCCCCAAGCAAUGUCGGUCACGGAUGCCGAGUCGACAUCAGUGGUUACUACCCCGGGGAACUCGAUGGAACCCGCCCUUCCGUCGAACAGCGGCCUCACAAAAUCCACUUCGUCAUGGGGCAAAGCUGCCCUUGCCCGGAUGGUCCACGUAGACUCGACUCUGCGCGAGAGUAUGAGGCUAAAUGGGUUCGUCGCUCGCGGCAUCAUGAAGAUGGUAACCGCCCCUGGUGGCGUCACACUCCCCUGCGGCUCACACAUCCCCCAGGGGACUAAGGUCGGCAUCCAGGCGUACAGUGUCCACCGCGACGAGGAGCUGUUUUGGGAAGCAGAGAUAUACAAUGCUUUCCGCUUCGUACCUGGGGCCAUUGAACGAAGGACCAACCACCACGACAGCGACAGUGGGAUGGGUGAAAGGGCUCGUGCGACCGGGAGCGACAACGAGGAUAGCGGCGGGCACGACACGAUCGGGAGUGGGGCAAGGGGCCGGGGACCACGGCAACCCCAAGCUCUGGUAUCGACCAGCCCGACAUUCCUGGCCUUCAGCCAUGGACCUAAUGCAUGCCCUGGCCGCUUCUUCGCCGCCAACCAGCUGAAGCUGACCCUAGCUCAUAUCGCCCUUCACUACGAGAUCGAGCCCAUCACACGCCGUCCGGCGAACAAGUGGUUUGCCGGCAGUAUGGCUCCACCCAUGCGCGAGACUCUUAGGGUCAGGAGGAGGAGGGUGUGAGUCUGAUACUCUUUUGUGGAAUGUGGCUUGGGGCGUUUAUGGUCUUGGAAAGUUGGGAAAUACCUUGUUUGUCUG